CUUUCACCCAGUGGUCCGUCGAUGACGAGUGUGUUCGCGCACCACGAGCCAGAGAAACGAGACAGAUUCGUCUAUUUGCCGCGAGUGCAGUGAAAAUUCGUAAAAAAAUUCCUAAGGGACUGCAGAAACGUUCGUCAACGAAGAAUGACACCGAAGAGGAGUCGAUUGCUGCUCUGUGUGCUCGCGUUAACCGUCCCCACAGUUUAUGCACAGAAAAAUGGAAAAAAAGAGGAAGAAAGAAAAGAUGAAGAAUUUAGAUGUCCUGAAGGUCAAGGCAAUGGUAAUUUUGCAGAUCCAGCAACAUGCAGAAGAUUUUAUCAGUGUGUCGAUGGCUAUCCAUAUCUAAACAGGUGUCCAUCUGGAUUACAUUUUGAUGACAUUAGUAAAUUUUGCACUUUCAAAAAUGAAGCUCGAUGUGGACCUAUUGCUACAACUCCACCACCUGUUACUGAACCACCAACUGAUUUAGCAGAAAAGUGUGAUCUAGCAAACUGUCAAUUACCCUACUGCUUUUGUUCAAGGGAUGGUACAAUAAUUCCUGGUGGUCUUCAUCCUGAUGAAACCCCACAAAUGAUAAUAAUGACAUUUGAUGGAGCAAUAAAUCACAAUAAUUUUGAUCAUUAUCAAAAAAUAUUUGCCACUGACAGAUUAAAUCCAAAUAACUGCCCCUUGAAAGGUACCUUCUUUAUUUCCCAUGAAUAUUGUAAUUAUAAUAUGGUUCAAAGCUUAGCACAUGAUGGACAUGAAAUCGCCACUGAAACUAUAUCUUUGCAAAAGGGGUUGGAAGAUAAAGGUUAUGAGGAAUGGGUUGGAGAAAUGAUAGGAAUGCGAGAGAUACUUAAGCAUUUUAGUAAUAUCUCAACAAGUGAAAUUGUGGGUAUGAGAGCACCAUAUUUAAAGCCAGGUCGAAAUACUCAGUACAAAGUGCUGGAAGAUUUUGGCUAUAUAUAUGACAGUAGUAUCGGAAUCUCUCCAUUAAAAGUACCAAUUUGGCCAUAUACUCUUGAUUACAAAAUUCCACAUGAAUGUAAAGCAGGCACAUGUCCUACAAAAACAUUCCCAGGUGUAUGGGAAUUACCAUUAAAUGCUCAUUAUGUUGAAAGCUAUGAAGGAGGGCAUUGUCCAUAUUUGGACCAAUGUGUGCUUCACAAUCAUGAUCCUGAAGAAGUUUUUGACUGGUUGCAAGAAGACUUUAAUCGUUACUAUGAACAAAAUAGAGCACCAUACAUGAUGCCUUUCCAUACUAAUUGGUUCCAGAUAAAGGAACUUGAACGUGGUCUGUCCAAGUUUCUUGACUGGGCAGUAACAUUACCUGAUGUAUACUUUGUAACAGCUACUCAAGCACUUACAUGGAUAACCGAUCCAAAACCAAUAAAAUCUUUGAAUAAUUUUGAAGGAUGGUCAUGUAAAAAGAAAGAGAACCUUCCUGGACCACCAUGCAAUAAUGCAAAUAAAUGUGCCUUAGACUUCAAGCCCACAGAAUCUAAUUUUACUACAACAAGGUAUUUAGAAACAUGCAGGGAAUGUCCAAAUAAAUAUCCCUGGUUAGGAGAUUCAAAAGGAACUGGUCUAUACAAUGAUAAUUAUAACCCUGAAAAAAAAUAAAAAUCAU